AUGCCUCGCUGUUACAUCGUGAAAAAGCAACAACCUCCGGCGAUGCCGGCGUACCGGAACCGAACCACGGUGGUAACAGCCACCGGUGCUGGUAGCACCGGCAACCAUCAUCAGCCACAGCAGCAGCAGCAGCAACAACAUCAAACGACCACGAGACAGGUGCUGGUGGUCAAUGGUAAAACGCUCAAGGAACCGGGUGAGCAGAACCGUACCACGGGAGCCGCAGUACGAGGUCGAAACGGGGUUGGGUUGAGUGGUACCAGUGCCUUGGGAAAUGUUAUUGUGAAAAAUGGUAAAGCGGAACCAACCGGCAGCAACAAUCUCGUGCUGCUGAACAGUGUCAGUGUCAUUAGUGGUGGUCCAGCGGGUGAUGGUGGUUGUGGGGUGCUGGAGGUGAACAAGCACGAGGGAAGUAGUAAUGGUGGAAAAGCCGACAGUGUGGGCAGUGUUAGUUUUACGCUGGCAAACGGUGGGGCCAGUGCCAGCGGUGGGACCGGCAUUGUGCAGCGCAAGGACGAUUCGAGUGGCCCGGUCAGUCCGACCGAGGGCUGCGUUGCGCCGAUCUAUUACACCAACAUUUCGGAAAGCAAGAGUGGCUUUACCAUACCCCUCAGCGACUUCCGGACGUUUAAAUGUGGGCCAAACAGCAACAGCAACACCAAUAUAAUCAAUGUGAAGACCAACUCCUCCCGGCAUCUGUCGGUAAGUGCUUCCUCUAGCGCCAGUAGCCACGCGGACGCAAACACCACACCACCAGCCGGCCCGAUCGUAACGAUUCGAGCGGCAGCCUCCGGUCACGGUGGUGCCGGUACCACCUUCGUCACCAACGGCCACCAGCUGCUCGCAUCGAUAGGUGCAAAAUCUGGCCGUAAUAAUCCUAAUUACGGUAUCACCAGUAACAAUAAUGGGCCCAACCGUCUCGAUGGCACCGGGGUCGAACUGCUGGCCAGCACAACUCCCUCGCCAUCGAGCUGCUCCGGUGCGUCCUCGGUCAAAGCAACGCCGCCGUCGACGGCGAUGGCUACGCUAAUUUAUGCCGAAGCUUCCCCAAUUGUAGCGGCGGCCGCUGCAGCUCAAGUGUCCGAUAAGCGGCAAGAUAAAUCAUCGCUCGUUUCAUCGUACCACAAGUCCGUAACGGCGGCCGUAACAACAACGACAACAGGUCGACAACAGCCAUCGCUACUUUUGCAAACUCACACCACUCAGCAACAGCAUCGUCCGGAGCAACAGUCAAGUGCAGCCAUUUUCCAGCCACAGCAAACACCAGCACCGGUACCCCCGGCGACUGAGCCCUCGCCCGGCUACGAUACCACAGCGGCCAUAUUUCGCGAUCGCAGCAUAGAAGAAACGGAAGCCGCACAUGAUUUAUUGUCACUGUCGCAGAGCUUACCGCCCCUAACGGCGCCCUGUGUCGUUACGAUUCUGCAUCCUUCGGGCAAUUCGGCAUCCACAGACCCAAUGCCCCUACCGGAGCCUACCAGCUCGGUGCUGCGUUCCAACACCCUGACCAAUGGAGCACAAAACCAUCAUCAACAGCAACAGCAGUCAAGCAUACCGACCGGCCAGGGUGGCAUCAUCAGCAUCGUGGAGGCAGCAUCGGCAGCUAAUUACCAGUGUCCGCCCGGAUCGGGUCCAAUCUCAAUGAUAAUACCCUGCUACGAGCUAACGACAACGAUGUCCACCUCUGCUCACAGCGACGGUGAAAGCGCAACAACGAUAAAAACGAUCUCGCCACCCCCCACUGGUCCGCUGACACCUCCCACGUCCGAACACUCGUCCGACACGGAAUGCUCGGGAAGCUCCGUUUCACCCGGUACCUCCUCGUCGUCUUCGUCCUGCUCGUCCUCGAGCGUGUUCUCCUUCGUACACUCAAGUUCCUCGUCAAUCUCUUCCAAAUAUUCGCCAUCACGCUCAUCAAACUGCUCGCCACCGGCAUCGGAAAGUGCCAAUAGUACACCAAUCGGCCGCAGGGUUAGUCGUCGACCGCACCAACAACCCUCCACCAGCAGCUCCGUCACGUCGGUGAUCGUUAAUGGUUCAACACUUGCGGCCAACACAACGACGUCAACCACGGUUACUCGUAAGCACAAAUCUUCCACACCAGCGUCCGGUCCACCAGCGGCAAAAGUGCCCGUCACAGCGAGUUCCAAAGUUGUUGUGGCCGCACCGGGACAAAAGCUUACCAGCAGCAAGACAGCUGAGCUGUACACCUAUGACGAUCUUAUCUCUAGCGAUGGGCGAUCGAAAAAUCGUAAGAAGGCUUCCAAAGACACGGUACAAGCUCAGGCAGCGGCCAGCUCUGUGCCUACCAACUCCGCCAAACCGAGCCAAAGUUCUCCGCUGGCUUCGAAAGCGGAUGGAGCAGACCUGCCCACUGCUGACUGUGACUCGGCCGGCGAGUCAUCGAGUGCACCGAAUGGUGGCUCGAAUGGGAAGGGCAAGUACAAGUGUCCCGAGUGUGGCAAACAGUACGCAACCUCGAGCAAUCUUUCGCGCCACAAGCAAACUCACCGGAGCCUUGAUUCUCAGUCCGCCAAGAAGUGUGUAACCUGUGGCAAAGCGUACGUCUCCAUGCCCGCGUUGGCAAUGCACCUGCUUACGCACAAACUUUCGCACAGCUGCGGAGUUUGCGGCAAGCUAUUCUCAAGGCCCUGGCUCCUGCAAGGUCAUCUGCGAUCGCACACGGGCGAGAAACCGUACGGCUGUGGACACUGCGGCAAAGCGUUUGCCGAUCGGUCCAAUCUGCGGGCGCACAUGCAGACACACUCCACGGACAAGAACUUCGAGUGCAACCGGUGUCACAAAACGUUCGCACUCAAGUCGUACCUCAACAAGCAUCUCGAGUCGGCCUGCUACAAGGAUGACGAUCCGAACGGGAAUAUGUCCGGUGGGGGGGAAAAUUCACCCAUCACGAUGAUCGGCGGUCGGAAGAUCUUCCACAGCAGCCAGGACAUCGAUCGGGAUGAGUAUGCGAUGCGUAUGGCAAGCGGUAGGCAGAAUUUUCACAACGAUGACAGUUGCUCUACCACCACGAUCGAUGUGGUGACGGCCGAUCCGGGAGACGAUGACGAUGAAGAUAUCGAUAUCAUAACGACGUAA